GGCGAUUUAAAAACAAAAACGAGACAAUAAUAUCGAAAUCCUCGAAGUUAUCGAUCUAAUGAACAGCCAUUAUGCUGGAAUAUAUGAACCAGUCCAACGAUUCAUUUUUAUCCUACGAUAAGCUUAAAACAAUAUCAAUUUUUUUAAAAAAGGGAAGAACCACUCAGAGUAGAGUAAUGGAUUUUAUUCUAACGAUACUUGGCUGUAUAAUCCUGAAAAUUGAUAAUCAAAUCUACUUAUAUGAAUUUAAGGAUAUUUUCAAUGAUAGAACCUUAAAAAAUAUAAAGAAUGAUCUGGAAAACCUUUUGUAUUUUAAAACUAAAUUCUUUAACUUUUUAAUCAUGGAGUUAUUAUUAGAGACUAUCAAGAAAGAAAAUAAUUAUUUUAAUAAACGUAUCAAAUUCAAUAGAAUCAUGGACACAUCAAAUAAACAAUGUAACAAAGAAGUUUUUCAAAAAAAAGUCAAGGAUGUUAUAAAAUUUUUAAUUUUUCGAAAGAUCGAGAAAUUUUCUUAUCUUCAUAAUAAUAAUAGUACAUUGGAUUGGUCUUACUACAAACAGAAAAUUGAUGUUAUACUUAGCAACGAAAUUCGUCCAAGAGAUAAUAUAAUAAAUAAAAAUAAUGUUAAGGAAAAUAAUGAAGAAAAUACAAUAAAUUUUAUUUAUCAUAAAAGAAAAAAUGAAUCUAUGAAUAAUAUAAACAAUUCAAAAAAACCAGAUUCAAAAAUAGAAUCUAAUUUCUACAAAACAUCAAGUUAUACUUGCUUCGAUUAUUUUUGCGGUAAAAUUUAUUGGUUGCUCUGCUAUGCAUGGUUAGGAAUUUUUAUAUAUUAUUGUUGCAUAUUUUUUUUUCCAAUUUUCCCAACAUUGUUAAAUAUUAUACAUAAAUUGAUAAAUAAUAAUUCAUAA